AUGACCACAACACUGUGGGGGACAAAAAAUGGCGACCCCCUGCUGCGGUUAGGGCGUCUUUCUUCCCUCAAGUGUCUGCGGUCGGAGAGCUGCGGCGUCCUGGGGAGUCGCUCGGCCGCUUUGUUCUGCACUCAGGCCGACGCGCCCGCGAAGCCGGCCAAGAAGACGAAGGCUGCGAGCAAGACAGCAGAGGACAGAGCCGCCUUGCUAGCCUACAAGACCGCAGUUGCCUUCCCAGUUAAACUUUCAGAGUCGUUAGGUCCAACAGAACCGGCGGUUACCGAACCCGCUGCAGCCUCUGCAGAAACAGUCGUGGCUGCUGCAGCAGCUACAGUGCCCGACGCUACUGCCUUUGAAGCGGCUGAAGCCGAGGCUCCGGCUCCAGAUGUUGUUCCAGUUGUUGCAGACCCAGCUCCACCUGUAGCUGAUGCCGCUCCACCUGUAGCUGAUGCCGCUUUACCUGUAGUUGAUGCAGCUCUACCUGUAACAGAGGAAGUUCCACCAGCGGCUCCGGCUCCAGAUGUUGUUCCAGUUGUUGCAGACCCAGCUCCACCUGUAGCUGAUGCCGCUCCACCUGUAGUUGAUGCAGCUCUACCUGUAGUUGAUGCCGCUCCACCUGUAGUUGAUGCAGCUCUACCUGUAGUUGAUGCAGCUCUACCAGUAGCUGAUGCCGCUCCACCUGUAGCUGAUGCAGCUCUACCUGUAGCUGAUGCCGCUCCACCUGUAGUUGAUGCAGCUCCACCUGUAGCUGAUGCAGCUUCACCUGUAGCUGAUGCAGCUCCACCUGUAGCUGAUGCAGCUCUACCUGUAACAGAGGAAGUUCCACCAGCGGCUAAUGCAAGCAGUAAAACCUCGACACCAGACGACACUCUAGUUGCAGCCUCCACCUCAGACGAUGCAGUUCCAGCUGCCGCAGCCUCCGAGCCCGGUGAACCAGCAGCUGAUGGAUCGUCCUCCUCCUCGUCCAGUGACUCGGACUCGGACUCUGACUCGGACUCUGACUCUGAGGACGAGAAACCAGAAGUGAAGACCCCGGCACCAGAGGUGAAAGAAGUCAUCCAGGAGGUCGCAUCAGAAGGCGCACAUGAAGCCAAGAAGGAGCCAGAACCUGAAGCUACCCUCGCCUCUGCUGCCGAGGCCGUGCAGGAGGCACCCAGCGUUAGCUCUGAGGAGUUGGUAGACUCCGCUCCUGAGAUCUGCACUGCCACUGAAGACACUCCGGAGGGCGUGGCGAGCAGCCCAGAAGAUUCGGCUGAAGCUGUCGUGGAUCCCGCUCCAGAAAUAAUAGAAGACGUUGCAUCUCCUGCUGCCGCCAAAGAAGCCACAACUUCAGAAAAAGCUCUUGACGCUCCUAUAGAGACCACAGAGGCUGCACCUGCAGAAGCUACCGAAGAUGUCCCUGUAGAAGCUAGCGAAGCUGCACCUGCGGAAGCCGCAGCAGAGCCUGUAGAGGCUGAAGCCGCCUCCAUAGAAGCUCCUGAAGCUACACUUGUAGAAGCUGCUGCAGAGCCUGCAGUAGAAGCCGAAGCUGCCCCUGUUGAAGCUACUGAAGCCCCUGUAGAAGUUGCCGCUGAGCCUGUAGUAGAAGCUGAAGCCGCCCCAGCUGAAGCGGCUGUAGAGGCUGUAGAGGCUGUAGGGGCUGCACCUGAAGCGGCUGUAGAGGCUGCACCUGAAGCGGCUGUAGAGGCUGCACCUGAAGCGGCUGUAGAGGCUGCAGCGGUGGAGAGCGCCGAGGAGCUGGUGGAUCCUGCUCCGGUCAUAGCUGAGGCUGCCGGGGAGGAGCUGCAGGCGGAGGCUCCAGUUGAAGCAUCUGAGGAGGCUGCACCGGCGGCACCACCUCCAGAGCCCGAGGAGCCGUUUGAUAACAGCACUUAUAAAAACUACCAGCACCACGGCUACAACACCUUCACCUUCGCAGACAUGGAAGUGGAGAUGUCCAAGUUUCGUCUCCCUCAGCCGUCCUCGAUCAAACCCUAAAAGAGCUUUACGAUGGCGUGGUCGCCCCCCUCCACCCUUCCUACACCUGUCAUGUCUGCAUGAAUCUCUGCUGUUAAACGUUAUUAAAGUCCAGAUAUGAGAA